AUGAUCCAAAAGCUGCAAUUUGGGCUGCUCUGUUUGGCGCUGCUCUCAUUGUCGCUGUCCGCAACCAUCAAGGCGGUAAGAGGAACGAGCUUCAUUUUUCCGUCGCUCCACCAGAAGGUUGUGAAGGCGGUCUCAAACGAGAACAUCUCGACAUGGUUUCACAAAGACGAUAGCAACGAAGGCUCCCACGAAAUAUACCUAACUCAUGUUAUGGGCAAGUUUAAAUGUAACAACAAGGCCUGUACUAAGGGUGGCUGGAAUAGCAAGAUGCGCUGCGUGGACUCUAAGCAACCAGGCACCCACAUACUGGACAUCAAUUCAUAUGUUGAUCGAGUCGCAUAUAGACGUAAGAAAUGGGCAGGCGUUGCAAUGGAACAGCAAUGCUACGACCCUGAAGAAGGCUCACCUCACGAGAGAGACCUCUGCGAAGGUUGUAAGAGGGGUGUUUGUCGGCAGACAAAUGUCAGAGAUUAA